AUGUCCAUGGCUCUCCAGUUCAACUCACCCACUCCAGACUACACCCACUUCCGCGCCUUCCUCCCUUUCGCUCCUGCCAUGGAGCCUCUACCCGCUGUAGGUUUUUCGCUCUUCGCGGACUCUCCACUCCGGCGGACCAAUCCGCCAGUUCCUGCAGCAAUUCCCGCCGCAGCUCCCGCCGCUCAUCCAGCGCGCUGUCCACUCUCGCCUGUGGAGGCCCUCCGACGCGCCGUGAAGCGCUCGCACGCGGCAGCCCGUCUCGACGAGGAGGUCACCAGCCAGCUUCGGACCACCUUCCCCUCAGAUUGCCCCUUGCAAGUCCCGUCAAAUGCGCUCGAAGUCGGUGCGGCGGCGUCGGGACUCCCAGCGGUGCUUCCGUGCGACGCUGACGUGGCGGAGCGGCUCGUGAAGUACGACAGGUUGACGUCGUCGUUGCGUGGAUCUCUGCCGCCCGCGAACCUCGCGCAGUGGGACGCGGCGGUGGGCAAGCUGAGGGAUCGAGUCGCGAUGAAGGAGGAGUUCGGGAACGACGUGAACGGGUUCCUUCUGUUUCUCCACGCGCAGCUCGGCGCGCAGCAGCCGUCGGCGCGCAAGGCGCUUCAGCUGUUCGCUGCGUUCAAGCAAGCGCAGAGGCAGAAGCAGAACCUGGGAGCCGCAGUGGCGUCUGAAGCGCUUCCGACGGCGACGGCGGCUGCCGUAAUUUCGCGCCGUGUCUUGGCUCUUUCUCCAGAAACUGAUGACGAUACCGCUUCCGUGUGUAGCAACGACCUUGAAUCUGCGGAACUGAGAGAUAGUGAAGCUGAAGGCUCACAGGCUGAGUCAUCCUUCCUUCGCCGUGAUUCAUCCGCAUCUGCUUCCGUGCCUUCCGCAAGCUCCGCCCUUGGGAUUGACGUAACGUGUCCUGCUGCUGUGAAGAAGAUGCUGUUUGAGCUUCAGUCUGCGGUGGUUCAGCUGGAGAGGAAUACCGCGAUGGACACGCGGAUCAAGGCGGAGAGCCUUGCUGUGUUGCGGACCGCGCAGGGCCACUUAUUAUCGCGCCUCGCUUCUGUUGUCCACUCGGUGUAG